UCAGGGGGUCUCGGAUCCCCCGAGUCCCCCCGUAGUUCGGACACUGGGUAGACGUACCUAUUCUCAAAUAAAGAAUCGGAAUAUUUUUUCGACCACUGUUUAUGUGUAGUAAUUCAGCAGGUGUUUGAUCAGGCUCAAAUGCAAAAACUGGCGUUGUAACAAAAAAGAACUUCACUUCCCAUGAUUCUCUGCUGUCGUGGGCGAAGGAAGCUGAACCAAUGAAGAGGGGCUAGUUGCCCUUAGUUGAUUACAUCUAGAUUUUAUCAAAUGAAUCUCGCCGUUUAUUUAUCUGUAAAAUAUCUCCGUGAAUAGAAUACCUUUUACUCAUCCUGACAACGUGUCUUGCCCGGUCACACUGUUUUUGUGAAACAGGAAUCAUCCUAAAUAAGUGAAGACACCUAGUGAAUGGCAGACUGCGAAAGAGAAACAACGAUGGUGUUUGAGCUGCCAAUACAUUAAGUUCUCCGAGAGAAGACAUCUGAUGAAAAAUUACUGCAACUUUACAGACUCCGGCAUGGAAGACAAGGCAAACGGCUCUGUUGACACAAAAAGCCCGGUGGAGAACGGACAGCUGCCGGACCCUGCAAACUGGGGGGUUGCCGAUGUUGUAAACUACUUCAAAGCAACAGGGUUCGAGGAGCAAGCCACGGCUUUCCAAGAUCAGGAAAUCGAUGGCAAGUCCCUGCUGCUGAUGACCCGCAACGAUGUCCUGACGGGGCUGUCAAUAAAGCUAGGCCCUGCACUGAAAAUCUAUGAGUAUCACGUAAAGCAGCUGCAGACACAACACCUGAAGAGCAACGCCUCGUAGCACUGCAGGCCGCAGUGACACCCCCCCCCCAGCUCAGUGACAAUCAUCGCGUCAAGAGACACCAGGUUAGCUGCCACUUCACAAAGACUCCUCUGGCCACAGUGGCACCUUAACAGAGUUUGAAUGCUGUAUGUUUUUAUAAGCUCAGAACUCCAAAAGCGGUUUUCUCAGUAGUGUUCAGCCAUUCUUAUUUCUACUGCUUGAUAUUUGUAUUUUAUCUUUUUUUUUAUUUAAAAGAAAGACAUUUAAUGAAGAAUUGUGUGUGUGGUGUGUAUGUGCAAAGUGAGUUAACCCAAGACUGUUUAAAAACAAGUAUUUGUAUAUAAGAUGAUCAUAUAGUUGAAAACUGUGUAUGUUGCCGUACCCGAACCCUUUGAUACUUGCAGGAAAUGAUUCUGGGAUGUCCUUUUUUCCCUAAAAUCACUUUUUAUGCUCUAAGAUCUGAAGCUGAGUCACUGAAACGUCCUCAGCAUGUAACAAUGAAAGAUUUUGUUUUCCCAGAAACAAGUUUAAUAAAUGCCCCCACACUUAAAUGAUCUAGCCCCGAGGCUGUUGAUUAAAACAAAUAUUUCUGUGUAUGUAUAAUUUUUAUGUUCCAACCUGUGGUGCUUUCAGAAUUGUCAAAUAGACAGCUGUUUAACUCAUGUAUGACAAAUGAAUAUGUGCAAAUAACACUGGAGUUUGACCAUCUGAAUCAAAGAUUUGCAAUAAAUGGUGCUCUUUUCUCACAAAAGGA